AUGGCUCCAUCUAUUGACGAAUUAUCAGUCAGCACCAUCAGAGGUUUGUCCGUUGACCAAGUCAAUGCUGCUCAAUCCGGUCACCCAGGUGCUCCAUUGGGUUUGGCUCCAGCUGCUCACGCUCUUUGGAGAAAAAUGAGGUUUAACCCACAAGACCCAAAAUGGAUCAACAGAGAUAGAUUUGUCUUGUCCAAUGGUCACGCUUGUGCUUUGCUUUACUCACUUUUGGUUCUUUACGGUUACGACUUGACCGUGGAUGACUUGAAACAAUUUAGACAAUUGAACUCAAAGACUCCAGGUCACCCAGAAAGAUUGGACACUCCAGGUGUCGAAGUCACCUCGGGUCCAUUGGGUCAAGGUAUCUCAAACGCUGUUGGUAUGGCUAUUGCUCAAAAGCAAUUGGCUGCUACCUACAACAAGCCAGACUUUCCAAUCUCCGACUCAAAGGUUUACGCAUUCAUGGGUGAUGGUUGUUUGAUGGAGGGUGUUUCUUCCGAAGCCUCCUCAUUGGCUGGUCACUUGCAAUUGGACAACUUGAUUGCCUUUUGGGAUGACAACAGAAUCUCUAUUGACGGUGACACUGCUUGUGCAUUCACUGAAAAUGUCCCAGAAAGAUACAGAGCUUACGGAUGGCACAUUUUGGAAGUUCCAGAUGCUAACACCGAUAUCGAUGCCAUUUCCAAGGCCAUUGACGAAGCCAAGACCAUCAAGAACAAACCAGUCUUGAUCAGAUUGGUUACCACAAUUGGUUACGGUUCUAAAGCUGCCGGUACCGGUGGUGUCCACGGUGCUCCAUUGAAAGCUGACGACUUGAAGCAAUUGAAGAAGUCAUGGGGUUUUGACGAAGAGUCCAACUUUUACAUCCCAGACGAAGUUGCCAACUAUUUUGCCGAAAAAGUUGAAUCAAACAAGAAGGAACAACAAGCUUGGGAGAAAUUGUUUAACGAGUAUAAACAAAAAUACCCUAAGGAAGGUGCUGACUUGCAAAGAAGAUUGGAAGGUAAAUUCCCAGACGGAUGGAAGGACAACAUUCCAACUUUUACUGCUAAAGACAAGGCUCUUGCCACCAGAAAAUUGUCGGAAGGAGUUUUGGACUACUUGUACGGUGUCCUCCCAGAAUUGAUUGGUGGUUCUGCUGAUUUGACCGGUUCCAACUUGACCAGACCAGAAGCUUCUACUGAUUUCCAACCACCAUCAACCAACUUGGGUAACUACGGUGGUAGAUACAUCAGAUACGGUGUCAGAGAACACGGUAUGGGUGCCAUCAUGAAUGGUAUCGAUACUUUUGGUGCUCACUCUAGAACAUAUGGUGGUACCUUUUUGAACUUUGUCUCUUAUGCUGCUGGUGCCUUGAGGUUGUCAGCUUUGUCACACCAAGGUGUCAUUUGGGUUGCUACCCACGACUCUAUUGGUUUGGGUGAAGAUGGACCAACACAUCAACCUAUUGAGACUUUGGCUCACUUUAGAGCUAUUCCAAACUUGUCAGUUUGGAGACCAGCUGAUGGUAAUGAGGUUUCUGCUGCUUACAUUGCUGCUAUCGAAGCCGUUGACCAUCCAUCUGUCAUUGCCUUGACCAGACAAAACGUUCCACACUUGGAGAACUCCAGUAUCGAGCAAGCAUUGAAGGGUGGUUACACUGUAUGGCCAGUUGAAGACGGUAAGCCAGACCUCAUCAUUGUGUCUACCGGUUCUGAAGUCUCAAUCUCAAUUGAUGCUGCUAAAUUGUUAGCUAAGGAGAAGAACCAAAAAGUUGCUGUUGUCUCUAUUCCAGACUUCCAUACUUUUGACCAACAACCAAUUGACUACAGAUUGAGCAUUUUGCCAGAUGGCGUUCCAAUCAUGUCAGUUGAAGUAUUGUCAACCUUUGGAUGGUCAAAAUACUCCCACGAACACUUUGGUUUGAACAGAUUCGGUGCAUCUGGUAAGGCUGCUGAUUUGUACAAGUUCUUUGGCUUUACUCCAGAAGGUAUUGCCGAGAGAGCUGAAAAGACUAUCCAAUUCUACAAGGGUAAAGUUGUUGGCUCACCAGUCCACACUGCUUUUGAAGAAUUGAAGUAA